AUGAGUCAAAAAAUAACUCAUCGUCAACGACAUGCUCAGAAUAAACAUUUACCUGAUAAACAUGAUGAAUUAGAUAAAAAACGAAAACAACGUCAUAAUAAUUUAUCUCUUCUCAGCAGCAAAUUUUCAAUAUUUUUAAUUAUUAUACCGAUAGUGUUAUAUAGUUCAUACAAAUUUUUCAUAGGAACUAUUGAUAUUGAACAUACAAAUAUUCCAAUUGAUUUGCCAAAACUUGUUAAUACUAAUGAAUCGAUUCCGGAUAGAUUUUGGGGAACUUAUAGAUCAAAUCUAUAUUUUGGUUUAAAACAUCGAAGUCCACAAUCAUUAAGUGGUGGAUUAAUGUGGUUUGAUUAUGCUACAUUACAAAAAUCAAACGAUCGUUUUCUUAGACAUUGGUGUGAUCAAAAUGAUCAAUUAAAAUAUGGAUGGACAUAUCAUGAUGGUGAAACAUUUGGUAUAGAAGAUAUUAAAGAUAAUAAUUUAAAAUUAAAUAUUCAAUGGAUGAAAGAAAAUAGUGGAAAACAUGGAGGCGAUUGGACAACACGUAUUAAUGUUACACCACAAUCUAAUAGUGGUUCAAUUCCGAUCUCUUUAUUCUUCUAUUUUCAUCAUGAACUUCCAUGGAUAAAAGAAAUUUCAUCAAUUGCAAAACAAUCUCGUGAUACUUUACACAUUCGUGGUCAAACAAAUGAAUUAGAUAAAUUUACUAUUAAAAUUAAAUUAAAUACAUUAUCUAAUCAACCUAUUAUUCGUACAUUAACAGAUAUAUUUCAAUUGAAUACAAUUCAUCGUGAUAUUCUAACAAAAUUAACAUCAAAUCGUCCUACACAACCAUAUUUUGUUUUAACUGAUCAAGUAUUUCAAAGUACAGAACAUAAUACAUUUUUUAUUCAAAUAACAUUACCGAAAUUAUUACCGGAUGAAAAAUUUUCAUUUGAUAUUAUCUAUCAAUCGGAUUCAUCGGAUAAUGAACGUCAACAAGAUUUGACAGGUAUUUAUUUUAAUGAAGAAAUUCUUCGUUUACAAAAACAAUUUGAUCAACGUUUUGAAAAUAUAUUUCAAUUAAAAACAAAACAAAAUAUGAGUGAAAAUAAAAUAAAUUUCGCUCGAUCAACUUUAAGUAAUUUAAUUGGUGGAAUUUCAUAUUUUACUGGUCAAUCGUUAGUAGCAAAACCAAAUCAAAAAAUUCCCGAUGAAUAUUGGACAACUAAUUUAUAUACAGCUGUACCAUCACGUUCAUUUUUUCCACGUGGUUUUCUAUGGGAUGAAGGUUUUCAUAAUCUUCUUAUUGCUCGAUGGAAUCAAAAUAUUACCAUUGACAUUCUUUCACAUUGGUUUGAUAUGCUUAAUGAUAAUGGGUGGAUACCGAGAGAAAUAAUUCUUGGUGAUGAAGCUCGUGCUCGUGUUCCAUCUGAAUUCGUUAUUCAAUAUACGAGUAAUGCAAAUCCUCCAACAUUUUUUUUAACAAUUGAUUAUUUAUUAAAAACAAAUCAAGCAAAUCAUCUUUUUACUUUACCAUUUAUUCAACGUUUAGAAAAAUGGUAUCAAUGGUAUAAUCGUACUCAAUCAGGUCCAAUUCCAUUCUCGUUUCGUUGGCGUGGUCGAAAUACUUCAUCAAUCUAUGAACUUAAUCCAAAAACUUUAACAAGUGGUCUAGAUGAUUAUCCACGUGCAUCUCAUCCAACUGAUUCUGAACGUCAUUUAGAUUUACGUUGUUGGAUUACAUUAGCAUCAUCAGUAAUUGGUAAACUUUAUUCAAUAAUAAAUAAUGAACAAACAAAUAAAUAUUUAAAUUAUGCAAAAUUACUUUCAAAUAAUGAUAUACUUGAUCAAUUACAUUGGUCUGAUGAAUAUGAAAUGUAUGCUGAUUAUGGUUUACAUACAGAUCAUGCUAAAUUAAAACAUGUAUUAAUGCCAAAGAAAUCAUCGUCACAACAAUAUCAACAAACACAUAUGAUACGACAAAUAACAAAUGAAUCUGAUGUUCAUUUGAAAUAUGUCAAACAUUUUGGUUAUGUUUCUCUUUUUCCAUUAAUGACACGUAUUUUAGAUUCACAAUCGAUUAAACUUGAUAAAAUCUUAAAUGAUUUGCAAAAUACAACUUUAUUAUGGACACACUAUGGUCUUCGAUCAUUAGCACAAUCAAGUUCAUUGUAUGGAACGAGAAAUACUGAACAUGAUCCACCGUAUUGGAGAGGUGCUAUAUGGAUAAAUAUGAAUUAUAUGGUACUAUCAGCAUUGCAACAUUAUGCAAAAAUUCCCGGUCCAUAUUCUGAUAAAGCUGGACAAAUCUAUAAGCAAUUACGUAUAAAUCUAAUAAAGAAUAUGUUUCGUGUUUAUGAAAAAACUGGUCAUGUUUGGGAACAGUAUGAUGAUAGAACUGGUAAUGGAAAAGGCAGUCAUCCAUUUACUGGAUGGUCAUCAUUGAUUGUUUUAAUUAUGUCUGAGUUAUAUGAUGAAUAA